AUGGAUUCUAUCGUCGGAUUUUGGGGUGAGCCGACUGCUACAAACUGGUGUGAAAGAAAUUAUGAUGUAACUCAUUAUAUUGCUGAAUUUUUCAAUACAAUUUCUUCCUUAUGCAUGGUUUCUGCUGGAAUAUUUGGUAUUUAUAAGCAUUCGAAAGGCUUUGAACCUAGAUUUUCUAUAUGUUUUGCUUCGAUAAUUGUGGUAGGAAUUGGUUCGAUCCUAUUUCAUGGCACGUUACUCUUUUCCUUACAAUUAUUCGAUGAAGUACCAAUGAUGUUUUGUGUCUUGAUGUUGUGUUAUUCGGUUUUUGAAAAUCAAAAAGAGAAAAAAUUCGGAAAUUGGCUUCCUAUUGGAUUAACUCUUUGGGGUCUGUUUAUUACUACGGUUAUGGUAUUGAGCGGAAGUGAUCAUCAAGAUAGAAUGAUGCAGUUAAUUGAAUUUUAUGUUUUUCAAGGAACAUUCGUAAUAAUGGCUGCAUGCGUCUACAUACACACUUUAUUAAUCGUAUUUGAUACAAAUGUUGAAAAAGGUGUCCGUAAAUUAUGGUUCUUGGGAAGCGUGGUGUUUCUAAUCGGUUAUAUUGGAUGGCAUAUUGAUUUGCAUUUUUGUAGUGGAAUGCAUCAAUUACCAUUUGAUGUACCUAAUCCACAAUUACAUGCUUGGUGGCAUUUAACGGCUUCAUACGGAAGUUAUCUAAUAUGUGUACUCGUAACUUAUAAUGGUUCAAAAGUAUUGGGUAAGAAUCCAUGCUUACAAUGGAUUUUAAAUGUUUUACCAUACAUCGAAUUACCCGAACCUAGUAUCCUGAAUGAGAAAUCUUCACUCUAUGGAACCAAAAAUAGUGAAAAGGGAUUACCUUAUGGUACUAUCAAUAAUGCUGGUCAUGAUAAUGAAAAGGUUGGUGAAUUUGAGAAACAUGUUAAUUCUACUCACUAA